AUUCUAUUAGACAAACCAAAACGAUGAAUAUAAAAUACAGAACAAGAGUUUGCGGACAUAAAAAAAACCUCAGCUCAGCAUAGGAAUCCAUUUGUCUUUUCUUCACAGUAUCUUCCAUGGCUUUCUGUUCGCAUCUUUACCGUCUCCCCGUCACUCGCAUCGACGUUCCUUCUCCGGUCAGAUUCCGGUGCGGUAAAGUCUUCUCCGUCCGUUCUUCCGCUGACUCCGAUUUUGAUCCAAAGGUGUUCCGAAAGAAUCUCACCAGAAGCGAUAAUUAUAACCGCAAAGGAUUCGGACACAAGGAAGAGACCCUCAAACUCAUGAAUCGCGAGUAUACCAGUGACAUUAUUAAGACAUUGAAGGAAAAUGAGUAUGAGUAUACAUGGGGUAAUGUCACUGUUAUGCUAGCGGAAGCCUUUGGUUUUUGUUGGGGUGUUGAGAGGGCGGUUCAAAUUGCUUAUGAGGCAAGAAAACAGUUUCCUAAUGAAAAAAUUUGGAUUACCAAUGAAAUCAUCCAUAAUCCAACUGUUAAUAAGCGGCUAGAGGAAAUGGAAGUGCAGAACAUUCCUCUUGGAGAAGGAAAGAAACAAUUUGAGGUUGUCAACAAGGGUGAUGUAGUAAUAUUGCCUGCUUUUGGAGCCGCAGUCGACGAAAUGUUGACUUUGAGUGACAAAAAUGUUCAAAUCGUUGAUACAACUUGCCCGUGGGUUUCAAAGGUAUGGAAUGUUGUCGAGAAACACAAGAAAGGAGAUUAUACCUCGAUAAUUCAUGGUAAAUAUGCCCAUGAGGAAACGGUAGCAACUGCUUCUUUUGCUGGAAAGUACAUAAUUGUGAAAAAUAUGGCAGAGGCUGAAUAUGUUUGCGACUAUAUUCUUGGUGGUGAACUUAAUGGAUCCAGCUCAACUAGAGAGGCAUUUUUUGAGGUACGACUUUUAUCCUGUCCUGUAAAUGACCUUGCUUUCAAAAUCUGUAGUCUUCAAUGUUGUGAUUACUUUGUUUCUCUUUUACAGAAAUUCAAAUUUGCAAUUUCUGAGGGCUUUGAUCCAGACAGUGACCUGAUCAAACUUGGCAUUGCAAACCAGACAACAAUGCUCAAGGGAGAAACUGAAGAGAUUGGGAAACUAGUGGAGAGAACUAUGAUGCGCAAAUUUGGUGUGGAAAACGCUACUGAGCAUUUCAUAAGCUUCAACACAAUUUGUGAUGCUACCCAGGAGCGACAAGAUGCUAUAUACAAGCUGGUAGAGAAAGAUAUGGAUCUCAUGUUGGUAGUUGGUGGCUGGAACUCGAGCAAUACAUCCCACCUUCAAGAGAUAGCUGAGGAACGCGGAAUUCCUUCUUACUGGAUUGACAGUGAGCAAAGAAUCGGUCCGGGAAACAGAAUAGCACACAAGUUGAACCAUGGCGAGCUUGUGGAAACAGAAAACUUUCUACCAAAGGGUCCAUUAAGGAUCGGUGUAACAUCUGGUGCGUCCACGCCAGACAAGGCCGUGGAAGAUGCGCUGAUCAGGGUGUUCGACUUGAAAAGUGAAGAAGCAUUACAACUCGCAUAAAGUAGGUCUGCAUACAUACAUUAUUAAAUGUAUAAAUAACAGGAUGAACUUGAUGAUUCUAAAAAAACAGGUUGAACUUGAAAUUACAGGACAUGUUAUAGUUUGUUUUUCUUUAAAAAAAAUGUCCAACAGUUUAAGUUUGAUCUGAAGAAUUUAUCAAUGAGAAGCCUCAAUGUUAUAUUUAAA